ACGUGACCCAGACCUGCCAUACCUGAACCGAGAGUCUGCGACCAGCCCGCGACCACUCAAGUCCGGCGCGACAGACUCUGCAUGGAGGGCAAGGCACUGAUUGGACCCCGCAAGACCCCAUGUAUCGAAAUGUGCGCGGAAACCCACCCAACACCUCGUUCCCCGGCCAGUCCAGCAGGGCGAGGGCCGGCAGGGCGGCGGCCGUGGCCGCUGCCGUAGACGGACCCACUGCCCCGGACGCGGCCUCGGCCUCGGCCUCGGCUUCGACCACGCGGCUCGGCCACGGCCACGGUCACAGCGCUCGCAAGGCCCGCACCGAGCACCGCUGCACCGUCACCGUCAACGAGUCCUUCUCCCGCGACGAGGUCCUGCUCAACCUAGACCUCCUCGACGGCGUCUUCAGGCCCGGCUGCCUCGUCGCCAUCGACGUGCCGCCCGAGAAGCCCGGCCACGCCAGCCUGCGGAAGCUGCCUCACCAGGACCUCGACGGGGAUGACCGCUCGGCCUCGGACGCCGCCUCCAGCGGCGCCGGCGCCGGCGCCGGCAGGCGCUACCUGUUCAUCGCCAAGGACAUGUCCAAGGACCUCAAGACGCGCUACCCCAACGUGGAGCUGUACGUCGCCAAGCACAUCGCCGAGGCCUUCGGCAUGAGGAAGGGCGGCCAGGUGUAUCUGACCCUGGAGGACUCCAACAACCCGUCCAUAGAGGCCUCCCACGUCGAGCUGUCCUUCCGGGACCAGUACCUCUCCCGCUCCGACAUGUGGCGCAUGACGGUGGGCGAGCUGUCCGAGAGGAUCGUGUACCAGGGCCAGGUGAUAUUCUUCCUGGGCGCCGUCAAGGCCCAGGUCACGGCCGUCUUUGUCGAGGGUCGCAAGGUCCAGUCCGCCUUUUUUGGCCGCAACACGCGGCCCAUCUACCGGAGCGAGUCGGCGCGUUACAUCAUCUUCAUCCAGAUGGCUCGUGAGAUGUGGGACUUCGACUCGGACGGCUCGGGCGAGAUCAUGUUCAACAAGGUCGUCAACGGCUUCCUCCCAGCCCUGUUUAAGAAGUGGGCGGGGUUGAAGCUAAGGCAUCUGGUCAGCAUCGUGCUCUUCGCCAGGGUCGAAUACGACACGGGCCUGACGACCGAGUUCAGAGAGACGACCGUGAACGACCCCUACUACAGCGGCACCCAGCCGUCGGGCAGCAAGCGUCCCUACAAGGACUUUUAUCGCGUUGUUGUCAGCGAAAGGACGAGCACAGAGUGGACCAGCAUCUUGUACCAGCUCAAGCGCGAGUUCGGCCUCUUCCGGCGCGACAUCAGUCUCUAUCACCACCAGGCCAUGGGGUCCGUCACGACGUCGCCCGAUGACAUGUUCUCCAUCUCGAGGCAGAUGCCGAGCCAGAUCAAGGCCGAGUCCUCGCUCGCAACCCACGGCAACUUCCUCGAGGCCAUCAACCUGGCCUCCUCCGUCUACGCCCACGACUACAUCGACCGGGACCUGAUGAGGACUGGCAUCUCUGUGGUCGUCAUCAGCCCCGGCUCCGGCGUGUUUGACGUCGAGUACGAGGCGCUGCGCCGCACAACCGAGGCCCUGGUCGGCAACGGCAUCGGCAUCGACCUGAUUUGUGUCCCCAAGAUGCCCUUGCAUUCGGUGCCUCUGUUCCGCUACCGGAACCCCCAGUACGAAGAGCGACGGCGGGCUUCGUCCAAGGCCGGCAAGACCAUGUUCAACGAGGGAAGCACGCCCAAAUAUCACAACAUUCCGAUAGGAAGCUACUCGAGCGCAAAGAGCUCGUUUUCUCCAUCCAAAACGCUGGCUGCGUCGCACCGCGGAGAGCCUCUGUCGCUCUCGCACGCGCCCACCAACGACGAAUGGUGCUUUGCUCUCCCGCAGUGGCUCCACGUGUCGUACUGGACGGGAGCCUCGGACGAGGCGCUGUCCUUCCAGGGAAUCUCCGUGUCGGCCGCCGACACCAGCGGCGGGAGCACUCAGGAGGAGUUCGCCAUCCGCUGCAGAAUGUACGACCUACAGAUGAGGAGCGUUUUGGAGACCAACGAGAUCGAGACGACACCCCUCCACGCCGACCCUUCCUUUCCCAGGAAGCUCAUCCAGCCGCUGCCUCCCUCCAUCUUCCGGCGGGUGGAUAUCGAAGGGGUCACCGUGAUACCCAAUCUGCGGGUUUCCGACGCCUUGUUUGGCCAUGUGUAUGGCUUCCAAAAGUUUGCCCCCGACAAACACGCCAAGCCUGGCGAGAAGAGCGUCUGGCGCCACCUUCAGGAGUAUGAUGAGACCAGGUGCCACCUGCCGAGCUCGAGGCGCCACGGCGGCCUGCGCGUGAGAGAUGCCGAUGACGGCGGCCGCCGCGCGCACGCAACCGAAGAGGACAACUAUCUUGGCGUCUCGGUAACCUCGGAAAGGCGCGUCUCGAUCGGAUCCCAUCAGCAGCCGCACCGCAUGCCGCUACGGAUGGGCCUGGAAAGGCUGUCUCCUGCGGCGCCUGGGCUACUGGCGCCUGCCUCUGACGCCGCGAGCGUGAGCUCCAGGUCGUCCGCCGGCAAGGCGCCCAAGUUUCUGCGCCAGAUCAGCCUCGGCCAACGCGGGUUUGGCAUCGCAGCGCCAAAGGCUGCCUUGGCAGUGCAGGCCGAAAACGUUGCAGCAUCGACGGCGUCUUUGACACAGGGGGUGGCCCGGGGCCCAGUGAGCGCCCGGAGCACGCCAACGAAGCCACCGCAGCCCGCUCCCUCGCCCCAGCUGGCGGCGACGGCCAUCAGGCGGGGCUCGCCAACGCCCGAGAGCGCCACGGGCCACGGGCGUCGGGUGAGAGACGGUGGGAGCCGGCCGAUCCAUAUAAGAAACACGGUGCAGCCGCUGGAUGCCACUCUCAUGGCUGACGCCACCGCCAUCUCAUCCUCCGUCAUCCGGCACGACGCCCCGGGGACCGACCGCGAUCUUCGAUACUCCAACGCGCUGCGGGCCGAGGACGCGCAGAAGGUCGGCAUAUCGAAGCUCCGCGCCGGGGAGCUCCCCGAGAUGCCAGCGACCUUGUCCCCAGCCACGGCCCUGUCCCCUUGGCUGACGAUACUGAAUCCUUCGAACCCGGACGUCAACAAGAUCGACGACGCGAGCCUCUACAGCCGGUGGCAGCACGUCUUCCCGCGGCCGUCCGAGAUGAAGGUCAUGAAGUGGAAGUCGCUCUGCGCCCCCGCUGCGGUGCCCCUCACGACCGAGUACUUCCCCACAAAGGCUCAGUUCGAUUCCGAGUACCAAAGGCAGCCUUACAACGUGUCGCAAGAGCUAGACGACGAGCUGACCGAAGAGCCCAAGUCGCGCGAGGAGUUUCUCAAGGAGCUCGUCAGCCUCCGCUUCUCACAGGGCUUUCAGGUUGUGGUCGGCCAGGCCGUAGCCAAGGCGUUUGGUCAGAAACAGAUGAAGGUGGCAAAUAUCCUGUCGAGAGACCACGCAACCGAAGAUGGAACCAGCAUAUUCAUGUCGGUCGGCAACACGAUCCAUCAACUGUCCUGUGUUAAUGGCACGGAGGUUGAGAUCACCAUCUUCACGCGCAAGCCCGCGUACGUACGACCAUCGGAGAAGGAGCAGGCGGACGUGUACAGUCCUGCCAUCCGCACCAUCCUGGACCCGACCUACGAUACUGCGAGAAUCGACAUCGUCAGCCCCAAGCAAGAGCGCAACUGGAACUACAUCGACUCGUACCUGGCCGGCCACGAGCUGGAAAUGUCGGACACGUUCAGGUUCUGGAGGGCCAGGUUUGUGUUGAUCCCCAUGGCUUCGAGGACGUCGGCCGUGCCGGCCAGCGGGGACAGCGACGAGGAGAUCCGCAUCGAGGGCAUCAGGCGGCUCGGCCAGCUUUGGCUCAAGCACCGGUACAUACCGCCCGCCGAAAGGCGAUUCCAGAACCUCGGGCCGCGGUGGCGCAGGGAGGUCAACCCGCUGGACGUUGUCUACAAGACGGAGGACCCGUCGGUGGUGAUCGCGGCGGAGCUCGAAACGCUGCCGCUGCUCGAGGGCCUCGACGCGGGCCACCGCAGGCCGCAGCUGGUCACGAACAGGAACCAGUUCCGCAAGUCGAACCCGAACCUGGCGGCGCUCGCCGAGGCGAUACAACAGCCGGUCGAUCAGGGGGGCGUCCGGAUGCAGAAUCGCAGGUGGCACUUGCGUCUGCACUACAACUGCUUCAUCGGGUCAGACAUGAUCGACUGGCUGCUGGAUAAUUUCGAAGAUCUCGAGAGCCGUGAGGAAGCCGAGGAGCUGGGCAACAGGCUCAUGGUUUCCGACCAGGACAAGGACAAGGAAAAGGACAAGGAGCCCCGCAAGGAGUCGGGCAUCUUUGUCCAUGUGGAAAAACGCCAUCGGUUCCGCGAUGGACAGUACUUCUACCAGAUCAACAGCGAGUAUGCCAGGCCGCAGCCUCCGGCCUGGUUCAACUCGAGGUGGCGCGAUACGUCGGUGCCAUCAACGCCGAUAUCUGAACGGAUGCCUGGGGACGGCGUCCGGAUGGGUCCUUCGCGGCCGACGUCCAUCAGCCAAGACACCUCCCCUACCUCAGGAGCGACCACGCCAACACAGUUCAUGUACGGGAAGAAGCCGCGCGUGGUUCUGAGCAAGGUGAUGAAGUACGACGUGGAUCACCGCAAGCGAUCAUACCGGCCAGAGCGGAUAGACCUGCACUACGACCGGCUGCACAACCCGGACAACUGCUACCACCUGCGGAUCGACUGGAUGAACGUGACGGCAAAGCUCAUCGAGGACGCGGUCGAGGGCUGGGCGCGGGAGGCGACGUCGUAUGGCCUGCGGCUGGUCGAGGUGCCCAUCGCCGAGGCGUGCUCCAUCAGCGGGGUGAACCCGUUCCGCCGGCCGUACCGCAUCGACCUGGCCGCGCGGCCGCCCGACAAGCAGCCGGCGACGUACUACGACCCGCACUCGUUCGGCCCUCAGGCGCAGCCGGGCCGGCUCGUGUACCAAAAGGCUAUCCUGCGCAGGUUCGACUUUGUGCUCGACAUGGAGUCGGCGUCGAGCUUCCCGGGCAACGUGGACGUGACGUACUCGUGGGGUAAGCCCGACUACAGCUACACGCAGUACAUUCACCGGUCCGGCAUGCUGCUGGCCCAGAUCACGGACGAGGGCGGCUUUCUGGUGCUCGCCAACCGCCUGUACAGCAACCGGGCGCAGGCGGCGCGCGACAGGGAGAUGCGCAAGGAGGAGGACCAGCAGCAGCAGCAGCAGAAGCAGAAAAGGCACCAGCAGCCCAAGCACCAGCACCAGCAGGGCGGGUACGCGGCCGAGUACAGGGCGCUGGCGGCGGACCUCACCCCGGCGGCGUCGCCGACGAUCAGGGCGACGACGACCGCGAUAUCUCCUACAGCGACGGGACAGCAGCAGCAGCAGCAGGGCGGCGAGGUGGCGGGUCUCAACUGGAUGCUUGCGGCUAGUAACAGCGCCGGCGGCACCAACAACAACGUACACGCCAACAACAGCAACAACAACACAAAGGCAGCGGCUAACUCGCCGGCGGGCACCCCGACGUCGGAGCCGGAGCGGAUCAAGGACGAGAUCGAACGCUUCUGCCACGACGCGGCGGCGCUGGCCGCCUUUUACCAGGAGGUCCUCGAGAGGGAGCCGCCGCAGCCGCAGCCGGCGUCGUCGAACCUGGCGCCGUCGGUGGUGUCGACUGCCGGGUCCGGGUCCGGAGGAGGCUGGGCCGGGGUCGGGGUGCCCGACAGCCACAUCCCGACGUUUGGGGGCCUGCCGCCCGGUGUGCUGGCGGCGGCGGGGGUGUCGGAGCUGGGGGCGUCCCUCACGAGCCCGAGGGUGCCCAGCCCGGCGGUGCUCUCGGCUUCGCAGCUGCUGAGGCGCGGGAGCGUGCAGGAGGUGCUGACGGCGUUUAGGUGA